AAUUUAUUUUUAAAGCACAGACAAAAUUUGCUUUUAGAAUCAGAAGACAGAAGUGCAACGGAAAAAUUAAAAAGAAUAGUAACAUUCAUUGCCUUUUUAAGUGGGAGAGAAACAAACGUUUAAGACUCCCCCCAAUCCUUUUUAAAUGUUGUUUUUAAAUUUUUUAUUUUUUUUGGCCGGUCGUCUCAAAUUCAUCUGAUCUCUUAUUACCUCAAUUUUGGAAAUUGCCCGCCACCGACCCUCCGGGACCACACAAACAGGCCGAGGACAACUUUAUGACCAAGAGCCGGACAAGAUGCAUUGUGAGAGAUUUUUAUGCAUCCUGAGAAUAAUUGGAACCACACUUUUUGGAGUCUCUCUUCUCCUUGGGAUCACAGCUGCUUAUAUUGUUGGCUACCAGUUUAUCCAAACAGAUAAUUACUAUUUCUCUUUUGGACUGUACGGUGCCUUUUUAGCAUCGCACCUCAUCAUCCAAAGCCUGUUUGCGUUUCUGGAGCACCGGAAGAUGAAAAAGUCCUUAGAAACCCCCAUUAAGUUGAACAAAACUGUUGCUCUUUGCAUCGCUGCAUAUCAAGAAGACCCAGACUACUUAAGGAAAUGCUUGCAAUCUGUGAAGAGACUGACCUACCCUGGAAUUAAGGUUGUCAUGGUCAUAGAUGGGAACUCGGAAGAUGACCUUUACAUGAUGGACAUCUUCAGUGAAGUCAUGGGCAGGGAUAAAUCAGCCACUUACAUCUGGAAGAACAACUUUCACGAAAAGGGACCUGGGGAGACAGACGAGUCACAUAAAGAAAGCUCACAGCAUGUCACCCAAUUGGUCUUGUCCAACAAAAGUAUUUGCAUCAUGCAAAAAUGGGGUGGAAAAAGAGAAGUCAUGUACACGGCCUUCAGAGCCCUUGGUCGAAGUGUGGACUAUGUUCAGGUUUGUGAUUCUGACACUAUGCUUGAUCCUGCCUCCUCUGUGGAGAUGGUAAAAGUUUUAGAAGAAGACCCCAUGGUUGGAGGUGUUGGGGGAGAUGUGCAGAUUUUAAACAAGUACGAUUCCUGGAUCUCCUUCCUCAGCAGCGUGAGAUACUGGAUGGCGUUUAACAUAGAAAGGGCCUGCCAGUCUUAUUUUGGGUGUGUCCAGUGUAUUAGUGGCCCUUUGGGAAUGUACAGAAACUCUUUGCUACACGAAUUUGUGGAAGACUGGUACAAUCAGGAAUUUAUGGGCAGCCAAUGUAGUUUUGGCGAUGAUCGGCAUCUCACAAACAGGGUGCUGAGUCUGGGCUAUGCAACAAAAUACACAGCGCGAUCCAAGUGCCUUACGGAAACCCCUAUAGAAUAUCUCAGAUGGUUAAACCAGCAGACUCGCUGGAGCAAGUCCUACUUCCGAGAGUGGCUGUACAAUGCCAUGUGGUUUCACAAACAUCAUCUGUGGAUGACCUACGAAGCAGUUAUCACUGGAUUCUUCCCUUUCUUUCUCAUUGCCACAGUCAUCCAGCUCUUCUACAGGGGUAAGAUUUGGAACAUCCUCCUCUUCCUGUUAACUGUCCAGUUAGUAGGUCUCAUAAAAUCGUCCUUUGCCAGCUGUCUAAGAGGGAAUAUCGUCAUGGUCUUUAUGUCCCUCUACUCGGUGUUAUAUAUGUCAAGUUUACUUCCUGCCAAGAUGUUUGCAAUUGCCACAAUAAACAAAGCCGGGUGGGGCACAUCUGGGAGGAAAACCAUUGUUGUUAAUUUCAUAGGACUCAUUCCCGUGUCGGUUUGGUUUACAAUCCUCCUGGGAGGUGUGAUUUUCACCAUUUACAAGGAAUCUAAAAAGCCAUUUUCAGAAUCCAAACAGACAGUCCUGAUCGUCGGAACGUUGCUCUACGCAUGCUAUUGGGUGAUGCUUUUGACGCUCUACAUGGUUCUCAUCAACAAAUGUGGCCGGCGGAAGAAGGCACAACAGUAUGACAUGGUGCUUGAUGUGUGAUCUUACGUUGUUUGACUGUUGGAGUCGCUCAUGCAGAUACACACAAAACCUUAGUUCCUCUAAGGACUGUACCAAGUCGUGGCAUCA